AACGUGCAUUUGUUCUGAUUCCAAUAGAAUAUUUCAUAUUUCGAUAAGCUGGUGGUAAGCUUGUGGAGCGAGUUUCAAAGUUUAUUGCGCUCAAGCUGUGUUGAUUUUUUUACAUCACUAUUUUUUUGAAAACAGUAUAGUUUGUUGUUCUCUUUCUCCACCUGGUAUAGUUCAUGUACAAGUAAUAUUACGCACGCAUAACAAGGAAAAGUAUAAGGCAACAACUCUUCAUGGACACGAGCAUGUUAAAAAAACCUAGUUUGUACAGUAAUGAACAAACAAACUAAACUAUGUAACAUUAAAACAUGAAGAGCCUGAAAAACCGGGUUUAAGCUAACGAACGUGCCGGGUGGGAAGUGGGAACUGCGAGCGGAAGCGCGGACGUGUGAUCCGUCUUCUGAGUCCUGACUGCUGUCUGGCGUCCCUAAGGGUAGAGAGAAGUUAUAGCCUUUCCUCCCCGAUUCACCCCCCGCGUGUUCUCGACGACCGGGCGACUGCCGCCACCACUCUACGCCAGGUGUUCGUCGGCGAUCCGUACCAAUCAGAUGUGUGCACCCAUAUCCUUUACUUCUCUACAUCAAUUGGCUUCUGCGGGCUCAAGUUCUUGAGCUGUAGUUAGUUAAGCUUGAAAUUAGUGGUCUUGGUGGCUUUUAGGACUGCAGGAGUCAGGACAACAAUUAUGGAUACCGUGAUCUACAAACAUGAUGACAUUUCCCAAGAAGGAACCCUGCCAUUUGGAGAGACAAUGAACAUGGGAGGAAGCAAUGUAGAAAUUCUCACAAGAAUAGAGCUCGAUAUUGCAUUUGCCUCCGAGAAAUUAUUAAAUUUGGAGAUGCUGGUGAUGGAAAUUGCUCGUCAGGCUACUGACUUUGAGCCUUCUACGCUUGAAGAUGAGUCCAUUUCUUCUGAGAUCGCAGAGAAUGCUUUGGAAUUGGACAUCUUGUAUGGUAUUCUUGAUGCAGAAGUCAAGGAGCUACAUAACUUGAUUAGUUCUCUCCAAGCUGAUAUUAAAAGUAUAGAGCAUGAGGUUUAUGAAGAAGAGUCUGGAGGCAAGGUAAAAACUAGAAUGGAUGCAGCUAAAUUGUCCUUGAAGCAGAUGCAAGAGCUAAUUGCUGAUAUUCAGAAUGAAUCUGCAAAGUUUGAGAAAGUCGUUGAGUUUUCCCAGGAUAAGGAAGGGACCAUUGAAGCUGUUGGAUGUGAUAAUGACCAUCUGUCAUAUCAAACUGGUGCGCAGACAGAAGAUCAACACAGAAAUGUUUUACAUAUGUUAGAACAAUCCAUAGCAAGUGAGAUAGAUCUUGAAAAGAAACUCUCUGAUUCCAUAUCUGUCAUAGAAGACCUCAGGCUGAAGCUCCAUCAUCAGGAAGAGGAAAUCUAUUUCCUUGAGGAAUCAACUGAAACAGUUUCAGGUAGAAUGUUUGAAGCAGAAAACGCUUCGGAGCUACUUUUUGGAACUUCAAAGGAACUUAUAAAUAGGCUUAAUAACAUGCAGUUUCAUGUAAGUGAACAAAAAUGUACAGAAGAUGAUCUCAAGUCAAAACUAGAACAAAGCUUAACAAAAUUAUCUUUUCUGGAAAAUAGCCCAGAGAAGGUGGAAAAAGGAAGUAACAAAGCUGGAGCUGGAUCACCAUCAUUGCAGGAUAAAAUACAAGAGUUAGAAAAACAGUUGAAUGAAUCCAAUUUGCAACUGCAAUUAGCACUGGCUUCAGCAGAAACAAAGCAGGAGGAGCAAAAUGCAUUGCAAUCUGAGCUGAACACAUUGGAAAACACAAUUAAGAAUAUCAAAGAUGAUGUCUCACGAGCAGAAAGCAGAGCGCAAAAUGCAGAAAUAAGGUGUAUGGAGCUAACUGUAGCUAAUAUAGAGCUUAAUGGGGAACUAAAUGCCCUUAAAAGCGAGAAGUCAGAUAAGGCCAGUCUUUUGGAGAAGAAGCUUACAGAGUCAAAUACCCAAUUAGAGCAUGCAAAGGCAGCGGUUGAUGCCAUUGUUGAACAGCAAGGUAUGCUGAAAUGUACGAUGUCUGAUAUGGAACAUAUUAUUGAAGAUCUGAAGGGUAAAGUUUCAAAAACUGAAACCAGAGCUGAGUGUGCUGAGUCAAAAUGCACACUGUUAACAGACACAAAUUUAGAACUUAGUGAAGAGCUAGCAUUUCUAAGAGGUCGAGUAGAAAGUCUAGAGAACUCGUUACGUGAAGCCAACCAUGCGAAGGUGUCCACUGCCAAGGACAUUGGUGUGAAAACUAAAAUUAUUACUGAUUUGGUCAGAAAAUUGGCACUGGAAAGAGAACGGCUUCAUCUCCAGAUUGCUACGUUGACAAAGAAGAACAAGAUGUUGGUUAAAAAACGUGCAGAGGGUAUUAAUGGUAGCAUAAAAAUGAGCAAAAAGGGUACUUCCAAUCAUACUGAAUUCCAGUCAACUCAAAAGGCUGAGGAAAUAUGUCCAGAUUCUUUGCCAUCACAAACUGUGGUGGAGAAACCAUCAGAUCCAAUUGACAAUGAUGAAUCUAAGAAUCAGAGUGCUGAUGUUUCCACUUCAGAGGAUGAUUCCAUACGGGAGGACAUUCAUGAGACAGUGUGCACCAUAGAGCCAUCGCUGCUAAACCGGAAAUAUAUUUUUAUGGCAUUUCUAGUGUUGUUGGCUGCUGCCGUUGUAUUCUUGUUACAUGAAGACGGCAGCCCAGCAUGAUAGUAUGAUUUUGCUGAUGCAGUCUACAACUCUACACUGUCACCUAAACAUCUAGGUCGUUUACUCCCACUUCUUUGUCUGUCAGUUGGGGAGCAAUUUUGUGUAUUGUAUUGUAGAUUUGUGCUAGACUGCUCGUGCCUUCAACUUGGACCCACCCGGCAUUUCCAUUGUUGCUUUGCGGAGGAAAUAAUGUUAGAUAACGAAAAUGUUUUGUAACUGUGUUUACUUGUCAGAGUGAAAGAAUAUGCAGCAGUCUUUUUUUCUUGUGGAAUA